AUGCCAAAUAAAAUGCUGCUCAAUUUGUUUGUGCAACUUGUGUGCGUGGUCGCUCUGAUCCGUGCUGCAUAUAUACCCGAUUCGGAUCGCAAUACGCAGACGGUGCAAAAUGAGCUGAGUGUGGAUCCGGAUGGCAGCUAUCGCUAUGCGUAUGAAACAUCCAAUGGCAUUACGGGCGAACAGUCCGGAUUGGGCGGCAUUGCCGUGCAGGGCGGUUCGAGUUAUACCUCACCGGAGGGCACACCCAUCAGCAUUAAGUAUGUGGCCGAUGAGAAGGGCUACUAUCCACUUGGCGAUCAUAUACCCAAGGUGCCCGACUAUAUACUGCGUUCCUUGGCCUAUAUACGCACACAUCCCUAUCAGAUCAGGGACUACUAUACGGGCCAGCUCAAGACUGUCGCUCACGAUGCGGAGGCCUUUAAGGUGUACGAGCGCAACAUACAGGAUCCAACCACGCCGCGCACUCGACCCAGCACUACGCCCAAGGUGGUGCAUCUGACGCAUGCGCCACCCACGCAGCGUUGAGUGCUAUCGAAUGAUACAAAUUGGGUGUAUUGGACGCUGGGACGGGUCGGGGUGGGCAGGGAAAAUGGCAACUAGCAGACAAGCCGAGCCAAACGCAAACUGUGAAUUUGAUCUAAACAAUUAAUUAAAUAGAAGU